GCGGCAGACAAUAGAUGAAAGCUGCCGGGUCGUUGCGGGUCUGCGGUGUUGUUGUUUUUCCUGCCGGAGCCGGAACUCGCGGGUAGAGCUGUCAGAGCAGCAUGGCGGAGGCUGACAGGUUUAACUAUGUGUACAGCUGGGAGCUGAACGUCAGCGUGGAGCUCAAAAUAGGGAGUUUAGAAGGAAAACGAGAGCCAAAAAGUUACAGAGCAGUGCUUGAGGAUCCAAUGCUCCGGUUUUCAGGGCUGUACCAAGACCAGUGCUCCGAUCUCUAUGUUACCUGCCAAGUUUUUGCUGAUGGGAAGCCCUUGGCUCUGCCAGUGAGGACAUCUUACAAAGCUUUCAGUACCAGAUGGAAUUGGAACGAAUGGCUAACACUUCCUGUUAAGUACCCUGACUUACCAAGAAAUGCACAGGUGGCACUGACCAUUUGGGAUAUCUAUGGUCCUGGAAAAUCCGUUCCUGUUGGUGGAACUACAGUGUCUUUAUUUGGAAAGUAUGGGAUGUUUCGCCAAGGAAUGCACGAUCUGAAAGUAUGGCCGAAUGUUGAGGCAGAUGGGUCAGAACCAACCACAACGCCUGGCCGGACAAGUAGUUCUGUCUCUGAAGACCAAAUGAGCAGACUAGCCAAGCUCACCAAAGCCCAUCGACAGGGACAUAUGGUCAAAGUAGACUGGUUGGAUAGAUUAACCUUCCGAGAGAUUGAGAUGAUUAAUGAGAGAGAGAAACGGAAUUCUAAUUUCAUGUAUCUAAUGGUGGAGUUUCCUUGUGUGAAAUCUGGGGAUAAGGAGUUUGCAAUAGUUUACUAUGAGAAGGAUGGGGAUGAAUCCACUCAGAUCUCAACAAGUGCAGAGAUUGUUAAAGUGCCAGACCCCCAGAUGUCCAUGGAAAAUCUAGUAGAGAGCAAACAUCAUAAACUUGCCAGGAGCUUGAGAAGUGGCCCAUCCGACCAUGAUCUAAAACCAAAUGCUGCUACUAGAGAUCAACUCAAUAUAAUAGUCAGCUACCCACCAACCAAGCAAUUAACAUCAGAGGAGCAAGAUUUGGUGUGGAAGUUCAGAUAUUACCUCACAAACCAGGAAAAGGCUUUAACAAAAUUUCUCAAAUGCGUCAACUGGGACUUGCCACAAGAGGCUAAACAAGCUCUAGAACUGUUGGGAAAGUGGAAGCCGAUGGAUGUUGAAGAUUCUCUGGAACUUUUGUCCUCUCACUUCACUAAUCCAACUGUGCGACGUUAUGCAGUUGCUAGACUUCAGCAAGCAGAUGACGAAGAUUUGCUGAUGUAUUUAUUACAGUUGGUGCAAGCAUUGAAGUAUGAAAAUUUUGAUGACAUAAAAAGUGGACUAGAACCUUCACGAAAAGACAGUCAAGGCCUCAUGGUAGAUAGCACCUCUGCUGUAAAUCCUUCUGACUUAGACAGUUCCCAGAUCAUAACCAGUGCUCUCCCAACUUCUCCCUCUCCUGGACCUUCAUCUAAAGCCAAAGAUGGAUUGGAUGCUGACAGUUUAGAACAAGAUCUUUGCACCUUCCUGAUUUCAAGAGCAUGCAAGAACUCCACCCUGGCAAACUAUUUAUACUGGUAUGUUAUAGUGGAAUGUGAAGACCAGGACACUCAGCAGAGAGAUCCAAAGACCCAUGAAAUGUAUCUGAAUGUAAUGAGACGGUUUAGUCAAGCUCUUUUAAAGGGCGAUAAGUCUGUCAGGGUGAUGCGCUCACUGCUGGCAACGCAGCAGACGUUUGUAGAUCGACUGGUUCAUCUAAUGAAAGCAGUGCAGCGUGAAAGUGGAAAUCGUAAAAAGAAGAAUGAGCGUCUUCAAGCCUUGCUAGGAGAUAAUGAAAGAAUGAACCUAUCUGAAAUUGAGCCGAUACCUUUGCCACUGGAACCCCAGGUGAAAAUCCGUGGGAUCAUUCCAGAAAAAGCCACCCUAUUUAAGAGUGCCCUUAUGCCUGCAAAGUUAUAUUUCAAGACCGAAGAUGGAGGAAAAUAUCCCGUAAUAUUCAAAAAUGGAGAUGAUUUGCGUCAGGAUCAACUAGUUUUGCAAAUUAUUUCACUUAUGGACAAGCUCUUGCGUAAAGAGAACCUGGAUCUAAAAUUAACUCCUUACAAAGUUCUGGCUACUAGCACGAAGCAUGGAUUCAUGCAGUUUAUUCAGUCUGUACCAGUUGCAGAAGUACUUGCCACAGAAGGAAGUAUACAGAAUUUUUUCAGGAAAUACUCGCCUAAUGACAAAGGACCUUAUGGAAUAAGUGCAGAAGUUAUGGACACAUAUGUAAAAAGCUGUGCUGGCUACUGUGUAAUUACAUAUAUCCUGGGAGUAGGAGACAGACAUUUGGACAAUCUCCUAUUAACAAAAACAGGGAAACUCUUCCACAUUGAUUUUGGAUACAUUCUGGGAAGAGAUCCCAAGCCCCUUCCGCCUCCCAUGAAGCUAAAUAAGGAAAUGGUAGAAGGCAUGGGAGGCACUCAGAGUGAGCAAUAUCAGGCAUUCCGCAAGCAGUGCUACACUGCUUUCCUGCACCUCCGCAGGUAUUCCAACUUGAUCUUGAACCUGUUCUCUCUCAUGGUGGAUGCAAAUAUCCCAGACAUUGCAUUGGAGCCAGAUAAGACCGUUAAAAAGGUACAGGAUAAAUUUAGAUUAGAUCUCUCUGAUGAAGAAGCUGUGCAUUAUAUGCAGACUCUCAUCGAUGAUAGUGUUAACGCUCUUUUUGCCGCUGUUGUUGAACAAAUACACAAGUUUGCACAGUACUGGAGAAGAUAGAUCACAAACGAAGAGCCCUGCUUCUAUGAAAAACAUUAUGUACCUUUGGAGAAAAAGAAUUUGUGUCGAACAGAGAUCUCAUGUGAAUUUUUUAGAAGACCAAAUCAUCUCCUUCAUAUCUUCUCAACAAAAUAAAUGUGUUUCUUUUGCCACCUGGUUCAUCCUAUGUAGCAAUGUAUAAGCUUACACACAACGUAUUUGACUAUGGUGCAGUUUGUGUUUAUUGAAUUUAAUUGAGCUGAUUUGGUGGAGGAAUCAUUGAAUGGUUUAUCUUAUGCCAAGGCAUAAAACAUUUAUUAAUAAAUAAGCAUACAUGCUAUAACUUUGUACACCGAUACAAACGCCUUAUGGGGUUGUAUUGUAAAUAUACCUCACUUUUUCUUCUGUUUUUUUCUGAUCAAACAAUCUUUCAUGCAUUCUGAAAGUGAUGGCCUCUAAAACUAAUUAGAAGAUAGUUUGUUAUUGUGCUCCAUUAAGUAUUAACACCCUAAGUUCAGAAACCAUAACGUUUUGAUGAAUUAUGGAAGCCGGAAAUAUGGUGGUAAUCCCAGUGGCUCUCAUCCACAGUACUUCAAAGAAUGUAACAUGUCAGAUUUUAUUUUUAUGGGCUUUUAUUUGAGGUAUUGCUUGCAUAAAAAAAUAAAAAAUGAUAUUUAAUGAAGAAGAAAGAUUAUGCAAAACCAUAGUAUUCCACCAUUAUUGUGUGUAGUCUCAAAGAUAAGGGCUAUACAUUACGCUUAAUGGGAUUUAAA